AUGUGGUGCACUAACAAUUUUGUGCAUUCGUUGCCCACUAGGACUUCACAUUAUGGAGAGCUCGUGCUGGAGUGUGCCAGCACAUACCUCAAAUAUGGAUGCGCCCUGCUAUACAAAGCUGAGGAGGAAAGCGAUUUUUUGGGAAAUGUUCCCAAGAGCAUGCCAAAUGAAGAGUCAGUGAAGAGUACAGUUUCUAAAGAUGAUAGUGGAACCUCAAAGAUCUCUGGUACCAGUGUGGAGGAUGACGUGUCUUCGGAGAAAGCUGAUGCUGAAGAAGGUCAUUACACUGAGUGA